CAUUCUUGGCAACAUUAGAAGGUCAAGCCCGACAUUGUUCUCAGUCCGGUUACAAACAAUCUUCAAAUAGAGCGGAACGGAAAGUGCAAAAAGACAAGUGAUCUGAAGUGGCUCGUCCCCUCUAGUUUUCAGCCUAUUACCUAGUUACUAGCAGCGAUCAACAGUAGAUCAUCUGAAGAGGAGUAAGCAGGCACUGAUAGCAAACAGGGACACUGCCGGGCUACGACCGAAAAAGUAUUCUAAUCAGGUACUGUGGCAUUAUGGUGAUCACACAAUAUGUGAUCAUCAUUAUUAGGAUCCCAGAUAAUGAUUAAAAUCUAAAUAUUAAAGGCAGCACGCAAUUCUGCGCCUCGAAACAUGAGAGGCGUAUGAGGUAGUCUCGAUUUUGGGUAGAUUAUACCAGAAAUGGUGUUGAAACUAUAUAAAAAUGUGGCCAGUGUUUUCAUGUUUAUAUGCUUAUCGCUAAAAGAACAGUUACACACCACAUGGGUAAAACUAUACCAUGAAAAUGAUUGUUUGUGGUAUUUACAAUGCCCGCAACAGUGCAGAGCUGAAAUAAAAAAAUCAGUGUGACUUUACGCGUUUAAGUCCAAACCAGAGGAUUAAGUUUUUGAAAGGGAUUUAUAUACCAAGGCUGGAAAGGAAAGAGAGGACUUCCUCGAGUAUGAGCAGAACAGGGUGCGUGCUGCUCUCAAGUGGGAGACACUCUUCUGCAGAUUCAAAGGCAAAUCAGAUAAGCAUGGCAGACGGAGCCAAAGUCGAGAGAGAAUCCGUCUCCAAGGCGAGUCACGGACGGUCCGCCGCCGAUCCCAGCCAAGUAACAAGAAACUUCAUUCCAGUCAAGAUCGACAGUUUUGACAGUUAUAUGGACGAACUGUUUUGUCAGGGAGCGGGUUCAAGUGGUAAAGCCAUGGUCGGUAGCCUGUCGUCUCCCGUGCGUAAUGUGGACGCACUGUCUCUUACACCUUGCUGCUCCAGGAGUGAGCAGGCGAUCUGGCAAGCGAACACAGAAAUGACCGGACUUCGGGGCAAACAUGCGGGGAAAAACCCCAAAGCUGAACCCCAGCCCUGGACAUCUCCAGAAAGGCUGCACCAGACGGGGGAACAACCUGUGUUAAUAGACAGGGAGCAAAAAGAAACUUUGGAAACUCUGAUCGAAGAAGUCAGCUCGGCAGUUCAUUUGGAAAAGUUUAUGACAGACAAGCAAACGUUCGGGUUGGAAGCGCAAUCUUCUCAGUUCGACUUUUCCACAAAUUUACUGCAUCUGAACACAGCAAAUGGCACCGCAGCGCCUCAACAAGUCGACUUUCCGGGAAGCCUUUCGGCGCUUCGCCCCUGUCCGGCUAACGAACAGACGCUUUUCGGUGAGAGCAGCACCUUAGGGAUCGCACUGCCGCUUGUCCCCCAGAUCAAGGCAGAUCCCGGCGACCUGCCGCCUCGUACCGAUGACAGAGCCGCGAACGUUGACGUGAUGGGUUACGCACAAAGCCUGGCUAUGCUGGGCGAUCCGUGCAGGAUGGUAGCGGCGUCUGCGCUUUGGCGACAGGCAGGUCUGCCGGAAGAUCAGCAUCAGGACGCGGCUCUGUCCCCGCGCAGGACCGCCGGCGGUCCGGACACCUACAGCGCAUACAUCGGCGUAUUACCCCAGCGGGUGUGUUUCAUCUGUGGGGACGAAGCUUCUGGGUGUCAUUACGGCGUCCUGACCUGCGGGAGCUGCAAGGUGUUCUUCAAGAGGGCUGUAGAGGGCCACCAGAAAUAUUUGUGCGCUGGACGAAAUGAUUGCAUCGUGGAUAAGAUUCGCAGGAAAAACUGCCCGGCGUGCCGACUGAGGAAGUGCUACCAGGCGGGAAUGAUGCUGGGAGGUCGGAAGCUAAAGAAGUUCGGCACGCUGAAAGCCGUGGGUCUGACUCAGGCUCUGGCAGUUCCAUCCCCGUCGGGCCGCUCCUGCGAUGGCCAGGCUCUGCAGUCUUGGUCCUGCUUCCCCACCUUACAGGAGCUUAGAUUUUCCCCACAGAUCAUUAGCAUCCUGGAGAACAUCGAGCCUGAGAUGGUGUAUUCUGGCUAUGAUAACAGCCAGCCGGAUCUUCCCCAUCUCCUGCUCAGCAGCCUGAACAGGCUGUGUGAGAGGCAGCUGCUCUGGAUUGUGAGAUGGUCUAAGUCAUUGCCAGGCUUUCGCAGUUUGCACAUCAAUGAUCAAAUGUCCCUCAUCCAGUACUCCUGGAUGAGUUUGAUGUUGUUCUCUCUUGGUUGGAGAUCAUUUCAGAACGUCACCAAAGAGUAUCUGUACUUCGCUCCCGAUCUUGUUCUACAUGAGGACAGAAUGCGACGAUCCCCCAUAUCUGAGCUGUGUAUGGCCAUGCAGUUCAUCCCUCAGGAGUUUGCUAACCUGCAAGUGUCAAAGGAAGAGUUCCUCUGCAUGAAGGCUCUGAUAUUGCUCAACACAGUGCCGCUGGAGGGCCUGAGGAGCCAGGAACACUUUGACUCCAUGCGACAGAGCUACAUCCGAGAGCUCCGCAGGGCCGUCCAGCUGAAGGAGGAGGGGGGUGCUGGUUACUCCCAGCGCUUCUACCAGCUGACUAAACUGAUGGACGCCAUGCAUGAGAUAGUGAAGAAGGUGAAUUUGUACUGCCUGAGCACCUUCAUCCAGGCGGACACCCUCCAGGUGGAAUUUCCCGAGAUGAUGUCAGAGGUCAUCUCCUCCCAGUUGCCCAAGAUAUUAGCGGGCAUGGUGAAACCCCUCCUUUUCCAUGGAAAGUGACGUCACAGCCCCAGAAGGUCAGGAGCCAUUCGGUGGUGGAUCAAGGGAAAGACCGUUAUCUCUCGUCCUGAAGCGGAUGCAGAAACCUUGUAGGGAGUCAUUUCCACUGUAGACAUACAACGAAUAUCACUCAGAAAUGAGUAUCUGUUAUUUUCCGAUAUGAUAUCUUAUGUUUUACACGUCAUUCUGCCUCGUGGGUCUCAUACGUGUUCUCAGUGUAACACAAGUUUCAGAAAUAGCAGGGUGAGUUUGGACAGCGUCAGAAUUUAAUAAAGGACCCACAUUCUAUAGAAUAGAUGAAGUGAAGGAAAAGAGUUUGUACUUGGAUGUGUAUAUAGUGUUUUCCUGUGAAGUAGUGAGUGUGUGGGAGUGAAAAUGUGACUUUUACGGUGACCCCCCCCCCCCCCCCCCCCCAUGCUUAUCUGGUCUCACACAAAACAAACAGUGACGCUUACGCCAGUCAAUAUAAGAACCUUAUGGCCUGUUGUCUUUUCGCUAAAAUGCAACAUUUUGCUCCAAAAUCAUAUUAUAAACAGCUGUUGUAACAUUACUGUGAUGUUUCUCAGCUCUUAAAAGUGUCCUGUAAAUCACGUUUGUGGACUGUUUUGGAUUAAGAUGUUUUCUACAGUUUUAAUAUAUUCCUAAAAGGAUUGUGCUUUGACUCCUUAAUGAAAACGAUCAUGGUGUUGGCUGACUAUUAUCUGUACCUCUCGUAUAUUUAUUUACUACAGAAUGGGUUAAAUAAAACUCUAUUUCCGCUCAUUAUUUUCCUGCGAUGUGCAUUAUUCCAGUUUUGGGUGGAUUUACUAGGGAGUAUUCUUCUGGAAUCGGCAGUCAAGGUCACUCCACAUUCUCAUACUCCAAUCGCAGAAUACAUUGCUGAUUUUGGCCAGCCUUCCAGUUGUUUUGUUCUGUUAAUUUUCACAUUUCACAUUCCAUUCACAUAAGUCGAUUCCCUAAAUAUGGAUUACGUAACACUCGUUUAAGAUAAAACACUAAAGAAUACGUAAACGUUUCUAAUCGGCAAAAUUAUCGAUUUCAUGCCAUUUCCCUGUUUUGUCCGGAAUUUUUCCACCUUAUUUCGGUCCGUGUUCCGCAUUUAAUUGGUGAAUUUCCGUGUCACAGCAGCAUUUAUAACAGAGGCUGGUAAGAAAUAGCCCUCAGAAUUUCAUGGCACAAACCUCGCAUCAUUCAUGGAUUUUUGCUCAAUUUAUUCUCUAAACGGGCCCUUGAUGAAGUGAGCGUUGAUCCAGCGUCUUCACGGCCAUCAAAACAAAACUGGGGAGCCCAGAGCCGCUGUGUU